AUGGCACCCAAAAAAGACAAGCAAAAAGAGUCAACCAGCCAAUCUAAGUCAUCUCAGUCGCCUUCCCAGUCGCUCCGAAUCCUCCCUGCAUCUAUGAGUCAAAAUAAGCCAGAAAUCCCCAAGCAGGUGGUUCCUUACCCAGGUCACCCACCAAUCUCAGUUGCCACACCAAUCUCAGUUGCCAAUAGAUUUUCUGCUUUAGGUUCUACAGUUGGCCAAAUACGCCCUAGCUAUCAGUCGACCCUAAUCUCCAGUUAUGAUCCCUUCUUUGGUGAUUCCCCAGCUGGACCCUCAGUUGCCUUCAAAAAAUCAUCCCCUUACAUGCUCAAAAGUACUUCCCAUUUAUUUGUUCUUGAGCCAAUUUAUGAUGUUCAUUCUGAUCCAGUCGAAAUAGCCAAGCACUAUUUUCCUCCUGGAUUUCAUUAUAUGCCUCCCAGUUCAUAUAAGUCCCUCAAGUAUUAUAGAGAUAUAUUACUUGAAACCCAAUCAGUUGAAAUUAAGCCGAUAAGGGAUAAAGAUCACCCAGAGAUCAUCCUUUAUCAUUCUCUUUAUAUCCAUAAGAUCCCUGGUACUCUAUCUUCCUCCAUCAAACCGAGGAUUUUAGCCACUCCUGUUGACAGAAUUGCCAAAUAUGUUUACAAUGAUCUGCCCCAAGAGCCUAUUCCGCGUCCAGUCUCCCCCACUGGUUCGACCCGGUCUUCUCUUUCAGUCGAAGGAAAAUCGAAGUCCGAACUCCAAGAAAUUGCCUGCCAGUUGAUCAUCCAAGCCUCCCAGAUGGAUGAUGAUGAAGACAAUGAUUCCCCUUCAUCGUCCAGCUGUCAGCCCAUGCAAACCCCUGCCAAGAAAAAGUCCUGGUAUGAAGACAGCCAAGACCCAUACGAUGCUUAUGAUUUGAAUUCUGACUAA